AUGCUUGAUAUGUGGAAAUAUAGGGUGCGGGCGAUACGCAGAAGGACACGCGUACAGGUAGUUUGGGAUUAUGCCGGUGACAAUUAUGUCCAUCGUCUCAUUCAGUCUGACACUGAAGGGAAAGUAGUCGAAUAUCAAAGAGGAGAUGCGCAGGAUAAGUUGGACGGUAUCAAAUUGGAGUACACAUGUCUGUUAACAAGUCAGUUGGAAAGCCAACGAAUGUACUUUGAAGUGAGUAUCAUGCUUGAUACUUUAUUUCUGUAUUAG